CCUGGCCGGGAUGCAAGGCCAGAGCCCGGGAAACAGACACAACUCUCUUUCCCAGAAUCCGCCUGGAAAAAGCGAGGAAUCGUGCUCGCCUUUCCAUGGAGGAGAGCAGAAUGGUCCAUUUGAUGCCAAGACCUGGAGGCUUUUCCUUCCAGCCAUGAACUCCUCAUUUCAACUGCAUUUCUUGAAUCUCACCCCGAAUGCCACAGAGGACAACAUUUUAGGACCAAAUGUCAAGAACGUGUCUUCGGCCUGUGAGGACAUGGGCAUCGCUGUGGAGGUGUUCCUGACUCUGGGGCUCGUCAGUCUCUUGGAGAACAUCCUGGUCAUUGGGGCCAUAGUGAAAAACAAAAACCUGCACUCGCCUAUGUACUAUUUUGUGGGCAGUUUAGCAGUCGCCGACAUGCUGGUGAGCAUAUCCAACGCCUGGGAGACCAUCACCAUAUACUUGAUAAACAAUAAGCUCCUGGUGAUAACGGACACCUUCAUACGUCACCUUGACAACGUGUUUGACUCCGCGAUCUGCAUUUCUGUGGUGGCCUCCAUGUGCAGUUUGCUGGCCAUUGCCGUGGACAGGCAUGUCACCAUCUUCUACGCCAUGCGCUACCACCAUAUCAUGACGGCCAGGCGCUCGGGGGUGAUUAUCGCCUGCAUAUGGACUUUUUGCAUAAGCUGCGGCAUCGUUUUCAUCAUUUACUACGAAUCCAAGUAUGUCAUCAUUUGCCUCAUCUCCAUGUUCUUCACCAUACUGUUCUUCAUGGUGUCUCUCUAUGUCCACAUGUUCCUCCUGGCACGCAACCACGUCAAGCGCAUAGCAGCGUCCCCCAGAUAUAGCUCUGUGAGGCAAAGGACCAGCAUGAAGGGUGCCAUUACCCUCACCAUGCUACUGGGGGUUUUUAUUGUGUGCUGGUCUCCCUUCUUCCUCCACCUUAUCUUGAUGCUCUCGUGCCCCCAGAACGUCUAUUGCUCUUGCUUUAUGUCGUACUUCAGUAUGUACCUGAUACUCAUCAUGUGUAACUCGGUGAUUGACCCUCUGAUCUACGCCUUCCGCAUCCAGGAGAUGCGGAGGACCUUUAAAGAGAUCAUUUGUUGUCAUGGCUUUAGACUAAUUGGUAGGCUCUGUGGCAGGUGUUAG